UGAGCCCCUAUUAUAUUUAUUCUUAAUGAACAUUCUCGCAUUUUCCUGUGUUUUAAUUUCUGAUUUUAAUUUACUGGAUGAUAGGAACUGCCCCAAGUGGGGCCCACACGGAGCCCUGGACCUUUGUGGUUGUGAAGGACGUGAACGUGAAGCACAAGAUUCGGGAGAUCAUUGAGGAGGAGGAGGAAGUAAACUACUUGAAAAGGAUGGGGCACCAAUGGGUUACAGACCUGAAGAAGCUGAGAACCAGUUGGAUUAAGGAGUACUUGGACACAGCUCCCGUUCUGAUUCUGAUUUUCAAACAAGUACAUGGUUUUGCUGCAAAUGGCAAAAGAAAGGUCCACUACUACGAUGAGAUCAGUGUUUCCAUUGCUUGUGGCAUCCUCCUGGCCGCUCUGCAGAAUGCGGGCCUGGUGACUGUCACUACCAGUCCUCUCAACUGUGGCCCCCGACUGAGGGCGCUCCUGGGUCGCCCCACAAAUGAAAAGCUGCUGCUGCUGCUCCCGGUGGGGUACCCCAGCAAAGAGGCCACAGUGCCCAACCUCACACGGAAACCUCUGGAUCAGAUCAUGGUGACCGUGUAGGCAGGAGCCCAUCAGGAAUGCUGACAGACGAUGGCGUGGUCCACUCUGGUCCCUCUUGGGUGUGCAGGUUGCUUUUUCCAUGGGUGUUAGGUCUCCCCAGCGCUCCACUCCACUCAAGAAACUUUCUACGUCACCAGGCCCUUGGAGUCUGAGAAGCCCUGCUCCCCAUAGUGUGAUUGGGUGAACGUAAACCAUAAGAGGGCACUGGGUACUUCCAUGUCUCAUCCACUCUGCAAAUGCAUUAACCUUUUACAGAGAACAGGCCCUGGUUUUUAAGUUUUUAAAAUUGUUCCAGAAAAGUCACUGGUGAUUUUUUUCUCUUACAUUUUAAAAGCUGGUAGAUAGGAAAGAGUCAUCAGAAUGUUUAAUGUAGCCCGAGAACUCGGCUAUGUGACCAUUCUUGAAUUUAAAUUUAGACUAAUCACAUAGCCUCUGCCUUCUGAUUUCUGGUGGCUUUUAGACCAGGAUGUGCUUUUGAGAUUUACUCUUUUACUGAACUUCAUGGAUAUCCUGCCCUUUUUUAAUAAGUAACUGUCAAAAUACUUCAAACAUCACCAUCACAGAACAGAGGAGUGCAUGCUUGAGCAGGUGACUCUGACCCGUAACCGUCUGAGCGUGUGAAGGGUUAGUUGCAUCAUCCAGUGGUGUGUUGGAGUUGGCUCGCACCAGCUUGUGGAAGCAGAUUGUUAAAUAUUCAGGAAUUUUGUGAGCCUGUUGUUAAACUAUUUGUGGUUGGAAAUCGCCCAUGGUGGGAGUAUUUACACCCCUGCAGUCGAUGGAUACUACAAAUCAGGGCUUGUUUUCUUUUUCCUAAAGAGAACAGUUUUCCAUACACAGCACUCACGGUGUCUCCCUUCUUUUCUACUCCAGCCCACAGAAGACUUAUCCCUUUUCUCCAGGUGGCAAGUCAAGUGGUUUGGGACUUACGGGGUAGGAGGUGUUAGGUUGGGAAUGCCAGACCUCAUCUUCCGCCCAUCAUUCUGCCUUCCCUUCCCGGGGUGCUGCACACACUCAUAGCUCAGAUCAGUUCUCAUCCAGCAUCCCCACUGGCCUCUGUAGCCCUUCUGUCACCCUUUUUCUGUAUUCUUACUCAGCUUCCUCAAGAAAAAUCUCUCCUGCCUCUUUUCAUCCCUCUUGUGAGUCACACAACUUAGGAAAAGCCCUUAGUAUUUUUGAUGAGUCAGAGUUGGUGACGAAUCUGUAUUAGAGAAAAGGAGGACAUUUUUUUCCCUUUAAAAUAUAAAAUAUAAAAUAUAAUUAGUUAUUACAAGAACCUGUGCCCUCAACCACUUCUGAAGUCCUUUGAAGGAUCUAGAAGUUUCCUUUAGAAUCUCCAAAAUCUCCCAUCUAUAGUUUCGUUUUUCUCUAAACAUGCUUUUAAACUUUUUCUUACAUUUUAACAUUUUUCUUUACAUUUUUCUUACAUUUCUUACAUUUUGUUUCUAUUCUUUUUUUAAAAAAUAAUUAGUAUUGUGACAGGCAUUUGUCCUGUACUCUUUAUUGUAAAUGAGCAUUGUUUUAACUACAUUGUUAAAGACUUACAUGGGCUGGAAUGGGAGCCUAACCAUUGUAUUUCAGAUUGCUUUUAGUAGGAAAAAGAUAUUCUGAGAGUUCCAAGUAUCAGAAUAAUAAACACACUUUGGCGUUACGAUGCAAUGAAAUUGAA